AUGGGGCUGCUGUCAGACCCCCACUGCCGGCGGGCGCUCUCCCGCCUCGUCCUGCGCCUCAACACCCCGCUCUGCGCCCUGAGCUACGUGGCGGGGCUGGGCUGGUUCCUGGCCCUGGCCUUCCAGCCCCUCGCGCCCCGCACCUACAUGUCGGAGAACGCCAUGGGCUCCACCAUGGUGGAGGAGCAGUUCCUCUUCGGCGAGAGGGCCCUCUCCUACGCCCGGGAGUUCGCCGGCCACAAGAAGAAAGCGGGCGGCAUGCCGGUGGCCUGGCUGGAGAAGACCAUGUGGAACCUGGGGCUGGAGGUGCACAGCCAGCCCUUCUCCCGCACGCUGCCCUUCCCCGACGAGACCCGCGAGCGAUACAUGGUGAAGGGCACGAACGUGUACGGCAUCCUGCGGGCGCCGCGCGCCGCCAGCACCGAGUCGCUGGUGCUGAGCGUGCCCUGCAGCGAGGGGCCCCACAACAACCAGGCCGUGGGGCUGAUGCUGGCCCUCGCCUCCUACUUCCGAGGCCAGAUCUACUGGGCGAAGGACAUCAUCUUCCUGGUGAACGAGCACGACCUCCUGGGCAUGGAGGCCUGGCUGGAGGCCUACCACGACGUCAACGUCACCGAGGUGCAGUCCUCGGGGACGCUGGGCCGGGCGGGGGCCAUCCAGGCGGCCAUCUCGCUGGAGCUGAGCAGUGACGUGGUCACCAGCUUCGACGUGGCGGUGGAGGGGCUGAACGGGCAACUGCCCAACCUCGACCUGCUCAACCUCUUCCAUGCCUUCUGCCAGAAGAACGGCCUGCUCUGCACCAUCCAGGGGAAGCUGCAGCGCUCGGACUGGGACUCGCUGCCCGCCUACGCCCACAGCCUGCAGACGCUGCUGCUGAUGGUGCUGGGCCAGGCCUCGGGGCGGCCCCGCGGCGACCACGGCCUCUUCCUCCGCUACCGCAUCGAGGCCAUCACCCUCCGCGGCAUCAACAGCUUCCGACAGUACAAGUACGACAUGACCACCGUCGGCAAGACGCUGGAGGGGAUGUUCCGGAAGCUCAACAACCUGCUGGAGCGGCUGCACCAGUCCUACUUCUUCUACCUGCUGCCCUCCCUGUCCCGCUUCGUCUCCAUCGGCGUCUACAUGCCGGCCUUCGGCUUCCUCAUCCUCGUCCUCGUCCUCAAGGCCCUGGACCUCUGGAUGAAGCUGAGCAAGUGCGAGACGGGCAGCGCCGAGUCGGGGCCCUUCCCCUCCCCUUCCCCUCCCCACGGACCCCCCCUCCGGUCCCGCCGUCCUCACCCUCCCGGCUUUCCGCAGGAGUCCCGGCCUGGCCUGCUGGCGCUGGUACCGCCGCUGCUCAUCUGCCACGCCGCCGGCCUCGCCCUCUACUUCUUGCCGGUGCUGGGACAGCGCGUGGCCACCCAGCACUUCCCCGUCUCCGAGUCGGAGGCCGUGGUCCUCACCGUCAUUGCCAUCUACGUGGCCGGCAUGGCCCUGCCCCACAGCACCCACAGGGUGCUGACGGGCGGCGGCAGCGACCGGGGCUGGAUGACGCUGAAGCUGCUGGCGCUGCUGUACCUGGCGGUGCAGCUGGGCUGCCUCGCCCUCCUCAACUUCUCCCUCGGCUUCCUCCUGGCCGCCACCAUGGUGCCCGCCGCCGCCGCCGUCCAGCCCACCGGCCCCAGGGUGCUGCUGGCGGCACUGCUGGUUCUGUCGACGCCGGCCGUCACGCUGCUGCUGGGCAUCUUCCUGCAGCGGGAGCUGGUGGAGGCGCCGGCGGCGGCGGCGGAGGGCUGGCAGCUCUUCCUGGCGGCCGUGGCCGAGGGGCUGCUGCAGCACCACCUCUAUGGCUCCUUCCUCUUCCCCUUCCUCGCCCUCGGCGCCUAUCCUUGCUGGCUGCUGCUCUGGAACGUUCUCUUCUGGAAGUGAGGGGCCCCGCGGACCCCCAAACGUGGAGGGACCCACGGAGGGACCCACGGGGGGCCCUGGGGAGGGACCCACGGAGG